AUGUCUGUCUCCGCACCUCCGGUGAUCUCUGCAACUUCCAGUGGUACCGGCGUCCAGGGGGCUUUAUUUCGGGCCGAACCCCUAUACUCCACUCCGGGAGAGCCCCCUCGUCUCACCCCUAAUAUGAUCAACAGUUUUAUGGCCAAUAACCACAGCGGCAGCGCCGGGAGUGGCGGGGUCGGUAGUGGCAGCGUUGGCAGCUGCAACACCAACACCAACGAGUGCCGGAUGGUCGACAUGCACGGGGUGAAGGUAGCUUCAUUCCUGAUGGAUGGCCAGGAACUGAUCUGCCUGCCGCAAGUCUUUGAUCUUUUCCUCAAGCACCUGGUGGGUGGGUUGCACACGGUGUACACCAAGCUGAAGAGAUUGGACAUAUCUCCAGUGGUGUGUACCGUUGAGCAGGUCCGGAUCCUCCGCGGGCUGGGGGCCAUCCAGCCUGGGGUGAACCGCUGCAAACUCAUCACCAGGAAAGACUUCGAAACUUUGUUCACUGAUUGCACCAAUGCCAGAAGGAAGAGGCAAAUGACCAGAAAACAAGCUGUAAACAGUUCAAGGCCUGGUAGGCCCCCUAAACGUUCUUUGGGAGUGUUGCAAGACAAUGCCCGCCUUCUGCCCCAUGCAGUCCCAGGCCUCCUAUCACCAGGACUUAUCACUCCGACAGGUAUAACUGCUGCAGCAAUGGCUGAAGCAAUGAAACUGCAGAAGAUGAAACUCAUGGCUAUGAACACACUUCAGGGAAAUGGAAGCCAAAAUGGGACUGAAUCAGAGCCUGAUGAUCUUAAUUCUAACACAGGUGGAAGUGAAUCCUCCUGGGAUAAGGAUAAGAUGCAGUCUCCUCUUGCUGCUCCUGGACCUCAGCAUGGAAUUGCUCAUGCAGCAUUAGCUGGGCAGCCAGGCCUUGGGGGUGCUCCUACCCUUAAUCCACUGCAGCAGAACCACUUGCUAACCAAUAGACUGGAUUUGCCAUUUAUGAUGAUGCCUCAUCCUCUACUUCCAGUCAGCUUACCUCCUGCAUCAGUUGCCAUGGCAAUGAAUCAGAUGAACCAUCUCAAUACUAUUGCCAACAUGGCUGCUGCAGCCCAGAUUCACAGUCCACUCUCCAGAGCUGGUGCCUCUGUUAUAAAGGAGCGGAUCCCAGAGAGCCCUUCUCCUGCUCCCUCCCUGGAAGAGAGCCAUCGCCCUGGGAGCCAGACCUCUUCCCACCCCAGUAGCAGUGUGUCCAGCUCUCCCUCUCAGAUGGAUCAUCAGUCAGAGAGAAUGGAAGAAGUACCUGUUCAAAUUCCACUGAUGAAGUCACCCUUGGACAAGCUUCAACUGGCUCCUGGGCAGGCCUUGCCCCCUGGAUUCCCUGGACCAUUCAUUUUUGCUGAUAGUCUAUCCUCCGUGGAGACUCUGUUGACCAACAUUCAGGGUCUGCUGAAAGUGGCUUUGGAUAAUGCUCGCAUCCAGGAGAAGCAGAUUCAGCAAGAAAAGAAGGAACUGCGAAUGGAGCUCUAUAGAGAGAGAGAGAUUAGAGAAAACCUUGAAAGACAACUUGCAGUUGAGCUUCAAAGCAGAACUACCAUGCAAAAGCGCCUGAAGAAGGAGAAAAAAGCCAAAAGAAAACUGCAGGAAGCCUUGGAAUUUGAAUCAAAGCGCAGGGAACAAGUGGAGCAGGCGCUUAAGCAAGCCACAACUAGUGACAGUGGCCUGAGGAUGUUGAAAGAUACUGGAAUUCCAGAUAUUGAAAUAGAAAAAAAUGGGACUCCUCAUGAUAGUGCUGCUAUGCAAGGAGGUAACUAUUACUGUUUAGCAAUGGCACAACAGUUUUAUUCAGCCUGAAAGGUCCUCGCUGGCUUUACAUAAAUGAAGAUGCUUGUGAUUCCAGUUUAUCUCUGAAACUAUUCAACAUGGAGUAUUUUCAAUUGUGUUUAUCAGCAAAGCUUUGUUUACUGAAGCAGCUAUUCAAUCUGUUACAUUAAAAAAGGAAUAUGUGUAAAUUUUAAAAACAAUGAUGUAAACAUUGUCCUCACAUUAGAUUGACCAGUUUAAGAAUAUGAACUAAAUCCUAAUGGCUAAAGUAACUUGACCAUAUUUGAUGCUUUUCUAUGAUCAUUUCAGCUUGGCUUUUUGUCUUUAAAAAAAUACUGUAGUGUGUUAGAGACUAGAUUCUUAUAUGUAUGGUUUCUCUGUUCUUCCAUAUAUUAAGUUAAAGUAUGCUUUCUUUGUUAAAAAUGUACUUGCUAAACUUCAGUAUAAAUAAAAGCAUUUUGACUUUG